AUGAGUACUACCGGUGUGCAAGAGAAGCCUCGCAUUUUGGCCCUGUUUGAUGUGGAUGGCACUUUGACAAUUCCCCGCGGAGAGAUCACUGAAUCCAUGCAGACGUUUAUGCAGGACUUGAGCAAGAAAGUGACGGUUGGCAUUGUUGGAGGAAGUGAUCUACCUAAGCAAGAAGAGCAGCUUGGCGCUGGAAUUGUGAAGAUGUUUCCUUAUAACUUUAGCCAGAAUGGUCUUGUUGCCUACAAGAAUGGAGAAAUCCAAGAGAUCCAAACCAUUUCCAAGCAUUUGGGCGAGGAUAAUGUCAAGCGCAUUGUCAACUGGGUCAUGAAGUAUCUCGCUGACACGGACCUCCCCAUCAAGAGAGGAACCUUUAUUGAAUUCCGAAGUGGAAUGUUCAAUAUUUCUCCCAUUGGUCGCAACUGCUCUCGUGAGGAACGUAACGACUAUGAAAAGUUUGAUUUGGAACACAACAUUCGCAAGAACAUGGUGGAAGCCAUGAAGAAGGAAUUUGCUGACUUGGACUUGACCUUUAGCAUUGGUGGACAAAUUUCUUUUGAUUGCUUUCCAACUGGGUGGGACAAGACCUACUGCCUCAAAUUCUUGCCUGCCGGUGAUUUUGAUGAGAUCCAUUUCUUUGGAGACAAAACCUUUGAGGGCGGAAACGAUUUUGAAAUCUUUUCCCACGAACGAACCAUUGGACACACUGUGACAUCUCCAGAUGAUACCAAGGAACAAUGUACAAAGCUCUUCCUGAGCUAA